UUUUACUCGACGGCGUGAGGCUGGCGGGAUACGGUGGAGGUUGUUGUGCGUGUUGGAAUCUGAGAAGUCCUGCUAAUUUUAGGGAAAGUGUAAUUAAAACAAAUCCGCAGCACUUCAAUUCCUCAUAAGACCGGGAAUUUAGAUUAAGGCUUAUUUUGUUUCCCCGGCGAUGCCGUCCAACUUGGGCACCAGCAGCUCCGCCGCUGCCCUGCACGAAGCGCUGGAUAACGCUGGCCGGCUAAUUGAUCGUCACUUGCAGGAUGACCGCUGCUUUCCUGACCUGUCAGAGCUCCUCAAUGUUCCCGCACAUAACAUGCCUUCCCUGUCGGGGGUGUCGGACAUGGAUUAUCCACUCCAGGGCCCGGGGCUGAUCAGCGUGCCUAGUCUCCCGGAGCUGAGUGCUGUCCGAAGGGUUCCCCUCCCCCCCGAGCUGGUCGAACAGUUUGGUCACAUGCAGUGCAACUGCAUGAUGGGAGUUUUCCCUGAGAUCAGCCGGGCCUGGCUCACUGUGGACAACGACAUCUUCAUGUGGAACUACGAGGACGGGGGGGACGUGGCGUACUUUGACGGCCUGAGUGAAACCAUCCUGUCCGUGGGGCUGGUCAAACCAAAGGAAGGCAUCUUCCAGCCCCAUAUCCACUUCCUACUGGUGCUGGCCACCCCUGUGGAUGUCGUCAUCCUAGGCCUCAGCUUCCCCAGAGCCCAGGGAGGGCUGAAUGACAGCAUGGUGGGUGGCAUGCAGCUGCUGCCAGACCCCCUGUACUCCAUCCCCACGGACAACACCUACCUGCUGGCCGUGGCCUCCACUGACCUGGGCCGCAUCUUCCUGGCGGGCAAAGAUGGCUGCCUGUACGAGAUCGCCUACCAGGCAGAGGCCGGCUGGUUCAGCCAACGCUGCCGGAAGAUCAACCACUCCAAGAGCAGCUUGUCCUUCCUCGUGCCCUCCCUGCUGCAGUUCUCCUUUUCUGAGGAUGGUGAGGCACUGUGGUCUGGCCCAGGGGGGUAG